AGGAAAAGGACUUCAAGCAUUUUCAUUCCGUGGUUUAUAUCAAUGCUUCAGAAAAUCUGCUGCCACUAGAGGUAUUUCAUACAUUUCCAGCCUUAAAGGAACUGGAGCUGGCAUUUAAUGGCAUCAAGACAAUCUACGUGAAAUAUGGAGACUUUAAGUUAUUGGAAUUCUUGGACCUUUCCUUCAAUAGCCUGACUGCAGAGGCCAUCUCUGACCUGGGGAUUCUGCCACACCUCCGUGUCCUGCUCCUCACAGGCAAUGGGCUCACAUCCCUACCACCCAAUUUGGCUGUCACAGAACAGGAGGCGUCUGUCACAUCGCUGACGAGCAAGAGGUACAUCCUGCGGUUCCCAGCACUGGAGACUCUGAUGCUGGACGACAACAAACUCUCCAACCCUAACUGUUUUGCCAGCCUGGCCGGGCUCAAGAGACUGAAGAAAUUAAGCCUGGAUCAAAACAGGAUUUUCCGGAUCCCGUACCUACAGCAGGUUCCGCUCCGGGACGGGUCGGGGGACUGGGUUGGAGGCAAGCCAAGUCCUCGGAAAGAGCCCCAGUCCAUGCUGCCGCCCAGGUCGUGGGUGUACGAGGCCUCCGAUGACCAGCCCAACUAUACUGUCCUGCCCAUGAAAAAGGACGUCGACCGGACAGAGGUUGUGUUCUCAUCUUACCCGGGAUUUUCAACCUCAGAGACAACCAAGAUAUGUUCACUUCCUCCCAUAUUUGAGAUUCUUCCUGUGAAGUCACUGAAGGCCAGGAACCAGACACUAGCCCCUCCCUUCCCGGAGCUGAGGUACCUUAGCCUGGCCUACAACAAGAUUGCGAAGGAGGAUGCUCUCCUGCCAGUCGCUCUCUUUCCAUCCCUUUCUGAGCUGGUCUUUCAUAACAACCCUCUGGUGGCCCAUACACGAGGGGUUCCUCCACUGCUGAAGAGCUUCCUCCAGGAGCGGCUGGGGAUCCACUUAAUUCGAAGGAAAGCAGUCAAGGCUAAACAUCGUAUUUUGAUACCUCAGAAAGAAUCACGGAAGGUGAAAGCACAAGUCCCCAAGGUGCUAAAGCGGUCCCUGUUGCUUCAUCACCCACCUGUGACCUCAGUGCGGUCUCCCUCCUGGGAUCUGUUAGAAGAGGCAGAGCUGGCUGAAGAGCUGCCCCCUGCCAGAAGCACUUCUCUGGAGACGCACAUCGAGGGCCCAGAGGGCCUUAACCUGUCCCAGAGGAGCUUUGUGCCGCUGCCUCCCAUCAGCUCUGACUCCACUGUGCACAGUGAAGAGACUGCAACCCGCCCCGGCAACACAAGUGGCCACCUCAGCCCAGAGUGUCGCUCAGAGGAGGACACCAAGAGCACAGAGUCCAUCUUCCUGACCCAGGUGAACGAGCUUCCUUCCACUGUCACUCGUGUGGGUGACUUAGAGGUGAAGGAAGAAAGCCAAAGAAGAUCGGUGAUGGCACCUUCCAAGGUAAAGAAGACCCAGAAGUUCCCAUCUACCUCUGUCCUCAGCAAGUACCAUGGAUAUGAGGAGCUGCUGACAACCAAGUCUGAUCCAACCUUCAUUGAGCCUAAAGGCAUCCAGAAAAACGCCCAAGCUCUGCACCGCAUGCUCAAGCACCCGCUCAUCUACCGCUCCUCCAAGCCCAGGCUGGACUCUAUUCAGAAACACUAUGUCCCCAAGGAGAAGCAGGCUCCAAGGAUCCCUGUUCCACCCCCACGGAAAACUCGAGCCCAGCUGCUGGAUGAUAUCCUCAUUCGCGUGCGGGAACCCCGGAACAUCACAGAGGCUCCGCUAGGAUCGGUGCUGCGCAGACAAGCGGAGCCCAGGCUCGUGAACCAUAAGCAGUACCUGGAAGCCAAGCGGCUGCUCAAGGAGUUCCAGGCGCGCUACCGACGGCUGGUGCGCAGCUCUCUGCGGACUGUAUGCGGGGCCACUCCAGCGCCCCCAGCCCUGCCGGCGCCCAGCGAGGACCAACCCAAGUUUGGCCGCUUCCUCGAGUUCAUGGAUGAGUUCUGCCAGGAGCCCACGUCCAGUGACUCAAAAACCUAGGGCUACAUGUGGGUAGUGUGUGCUGCCUGGCCAGCGUCCUGUCCUCCUCGAGGCCACUGCACCCCUGAACUUGCCUCUGGCUGGGUGGGGCCUGGUACGGGCCUCUGAGCUUGCUGUGACUUUGCUCGCUGGUCACGGAGUGGGAAGCUUGACAGGACCUCACCACUGGCCCAGCAGCAAUAAACAGCAGGUGCGUAGAGCCGCUGAGCGGGCGCCAGGCACUCUUCCUUGAAAGCCGGGCCAGGAACACAGCGACUGUCCCUGGGGAGAAGUCCUUGCUGGUGCAUUCACUCUGAGCCUGAGGGAAACUGACUUAAGUCCUGCAUGCGACAGCUGUUAGGUCAGAAAAUGGGAGUGCUGGGAACAGCACAGCAGUCCAGAAGCUCAGGAUUUUGCUAAUGGGCCGUAUAAUGGAGGGAGGCAAAACCAAGGCCCCUGAAACGGGCUUUUUCUGUUGGGCAGUUUUUUCCCUGGUAAUGAGGAAGAUUGUUUCUUUAUCGGACAGCUAUGGUCACAAAGGUGAAACAAGCAGGGAGGGUUUCUAUGGAGUUUUGCAGAGUCCUGUAAUUCAAGACACAAGCUGAAGGUACGGAAGCAAAGACUGGGCUGUGGCUCCAAAACACACCUCGGGGCUAGCCAAGUCACGGGGCUUCCAGUAAAUGUGCGGUUCUGCCAAAGUAGGCUGUGGGAUCGCCCUGUGCCUGAUGGGGCUUAGGCAUGCACCUAUCUAGAGAAGGCCUGAGGGUAUAGAUUCCAGGUGCUGGAUUCCAGGGAUGGUACUGGGAAUGACCUAGUCAUGUGGUCAGCCCCACUCCUCUCCUGAGGAUACCCACAAUUCACAUCUUGGUAGUAGGCUUGCAGUUCCCAAGAUCUAGGAAGCAGUGGCACAAGAAUUGAGGGUCCUCAGCAAGGCAGAUUUUCACAACCUAACCUACAACUAAAUAUUCACAUGCUGCUGUUCUCAGUUGCAGUCUCACAAGUGACCAAUUCAAUGUUUAUACUUAGUGGUGGUCACCCACCUGCAUAAACACACAGACAUCACAACAGUGAGCCAUACAGGUCACACCACAUGACAAAAGGUAUGUCUUAUUCAUUGACACAGGCACCUGAACAGAUGCAGGUAAUAUAUAGUAACUCACAACAGCAGCCAUAUGCCUGGGAAUGUUGCUGAAAAGCUUGAAUUUCCUGGGGCCCUAAAUCACCCUCCACACAAUCACACUCACCAGGUUUGUUCUGAGAGCUACCUGUACUAUGCUUUCAACCAUAAAUUCUAUCAAACCAUAGCCUCUCAGCCUCCAGGGCUCCCGGGCAUGUCCAUCCCAAUCUCAAGAAAGGCAGCUUCCUGCAAUCUCCCCAGCAGUUGAGGUACGGUAUGCACACAUCUAGGGACUGGGGGCUUGUUCCCUCCAAAGUGCGCCCUUUCCUUUGUUGGGAAAGCUGUUGGGCAGUUCAAGCCAUUGCGCUGUACUGCCUGUGUGCCUCACUAGUCCCAGUUCUGCUUUUUCAUCCGAAAGUUUAUCUGCUCUCUACCCACCUAAGCCAACCCUUCAUCACCAU